CAAUAGUAUGGGUUAAUGAAUUGUUGUGUUUGUGUAAAUUGACUUAGUCUCUUAGCAAUUAUCACAGGCUGGAUAUGACCUUCCUUUCAAGUUUUCAUUCAGCAUAAUGUAUGAAAUUUAUCUAAAUUAGGCGUCCAUAUGUUGUGGUCUAGACUUUACAUAUACAAAUAUACACUAUAUGAGCAAUAUUGAGCUUUAUAUUUUAUGAGUCUAAAAGGGAUGAACGUUAACUCUUGAGUGGUUAUGCAAAGUAUUAUGUGUAUAUAAUAUAGGGUUAAUACCCUAGUUUGGCCCGAAGUUUAGCGUAAGUGACAAUUCUGGCCUCAUUUUUCAAAUAAGACGUUUAUGGCCUACUUUUGAAACUAUUAGACAAAUUUGGCCCGAAACUUGUGUUGACUGUUAAUAUUAACGGUCAAACAUUUAUUCCGUCAAUGACUCAGCAUCUAGUGCUGAGAUGGCAUCCACAUCACUUAUUAAUUAAAAUAAAAAACAACUUUAAAUAAAUGAAAUCCUAAAAAACCCUACUUCUUAUCUUCUUCGAGAGAGCCCUCUCUUUUCUCCAACCCUCACUCCUUUUCCUUCACCACCAUUUGCCAGAACCUUCUCGUCUUCCUCUCCUCCUAUAAUCAACCUUCUUUCUACAUCGUAUUUGCUAAUCAUAGUUCAAUUCUGCAAAACCCUUUUCUCUAAUCCUUUUAAUCAAUCGAAUUUGCAAUCUACGAUGGCGGACGAAGCUAAAGCAAAGGGCAACGCGGUGUUCUCCGUCGGCGAUUACACCACCGCCAUCAAGCACUUCUCCGACGCCAUCGCCCUCACUCCCACCAACCACGUACUCUAUUCCAAUCGAUCGGCGGCAUACGCCUCCAUCCAGAAGUAUGCCGACGCCAAGAAAACCGUCGAGCUCAAGCCCGACUGGUCCAAGGGCUACUCCAGCCCAGCGCCGCUCAUCUCGGCUUGACCUAGUAUCAGGACGCUAUUGUUGCGCAAGGGCUCGAUUUCGACCCCAACAACGAUGCCUUGAAAUACGGAUUGGCAGAUGCAGAGUCCGACGCCGCCGCCGCUGCCGCUUCGUCUUCUAGGUCUAUAGCUACUCCUCAUAUGCGGAAAGGGCCUAGGAUUCGCACGCGAUUCGGGUUCUGUUCGUCUUUUCUUUAGACGAACGAACUGGUGGCUGUUCGUCUUCUCCCUCAGACCGAUCUGGAGGAAACGCGAAAUUCACCCUCCAAUCACCCUUGGAUUCGUGGUCGGUGAUGAGAAAUGGGUUGGCGGUUAAAGAUGGCAACGAGUUCCAAGUAGGAGGGUGGGGAGGAAGAGGAGUGGAAGUGGUGGUGGUUGUCGUCGAUGCCAACGGCAGAAGAAGAUUAGGAUUGUGAUAUUUAUUGCGAAGAGAGAGCAGAGGAAGAGGGGAUUGGGUUUGUUAUCUAAUUGAGAUUGGGGUUCUUGUGGGAUUUGCUAUCCACGAUGGCAGAGAAGAGGGGGAGCUCUGCUUCCGAUCCAUGGUGGCGGCGGAUGAGAGGGGAGGGUCGAUGGAGGAGGGAGUUUAGAUUAGGGUUUUUAUGUUUAUUUUUCAUGUUUUUAAGUACUAAAAAAAUGAAUUGAAAUAAAAAUGACAUGCAGCCACAUCAUUGCCACUUCAGCAUAGGAUGCUGAAUCAUUUAACGGAAUAAAUAUUUGACCGUUAAUGUUAACAGUCAACACAAGUUUUGGGCCAAAACUGUCCAAUAAUUUCAAAAGUAGGCCACAAAUGUCUUAUUUGAAAAAUGGGGCCAGAAGUGUCACUUACGCUAAACUUCGGGCCAAACAAGGGUAUUAACCCUAUAAUAUAUGUUAGAUAUAUGACUAAUUACUUAACUGGUUAAUUUGGUUUGACUAGUUAGGAGUGUCUGAAACCAAACCAAAUCACCUAAACCAAACAAGCUAAAAACUUUAACCAAAUCAAACCAAUUAUCCAAAUUAACCAAACCAAAUUACCCAAAUAGUUACGGUUAAAACAGUUACCACGGUAACCAAAAACCGUUUGAACACCUCCUACCAAUAUGUGGGAUUUACAAGUCCGUGGGGUCUACAGAUUUGGAUCCAAAAAAGGGAAUAAAUCCGUGGACCCCACGGAUUUAACACUUGACAACAAACAAUGGACUUGGCUAAAAUCCAUCAUGCUUGGGAUUUGAGUUCCGAAUCCAUCAAGCAAACGACCCCGUAAUGAUGGCGAGGAAGACUUAUGGCUUUGAAUCAGUCGAGCGAAACCAAUAUAAAAUUCGUUAAUUUCUCUUCGCGUAUGUCGAUUAUACUAGAUCGUACAUCUUGAGAGUAAAUUGAGAAUCAAACCCAUAUUAUGAUCUGAAUUCUGAUCUACUCGGCCGAUUCAAAGAUUAUCAGUAUCAUAGGCAUAUUUUACAUGAACACAUUGAGCAGAAUAUGUAAUGUAGCCGGCACAUUCUACAUCACUAGAUUCUCUGUGAAUUGGCUAUUAUGAAACAGAAACAGAGUCUGACUUUCUAAGAAAUGAGACAUUCUUGU